AUGAGAUUCUUGACUUCGUACCAGUGUGCAGGGACGGUGUCGAGUUCCGUUCGUACCAUAAAUAAUCCUAAACGUCUGACAAAGCCACCGAAAGGCCGGUUCCAGGCCAUUACCCUUACGGACAGUGCUCUCCAACGCGCCAAGGAACUCCUUUCGCGAGAGCCUGACGCGAUAGGUCUGCGAAUCGGCGUUCGGACGCGUGGUUGUAACGGCCUUUCUUAUACUCUCUCAUUCUGCUCCGAGCGACAGAAUGGAGACGAAGUAGUUGUGCAGGACGGCGUCAGCGUCUUCAUCGAUAGGAAGGCCCAACUAACCCUCCUUGGUUCUGAAAUGCACUUCCGAGAAACGCCAAUCUCCAGUGAAUUCAUUUUCAAUAACCCAAAUAUAAAAGGCACCUGCGGUUGUGGCGAGAGCUUUUCCGUCUGA